GGAACUGUUAUAGCAGGGUAGUUCUUUGGUGUGCUUCUCUAGUCUGAGUUUAUAAUUCAGAGGCUGAUACAAGACAGAACCUGAACCAAGCUAAGAAAGUCAUGGCAGCGGGUGUGAUCAAGAAUAUGUCAGAUUUUAGGCUAGUUCCUACCUUUCAGCUUCCCAUGCUAAAUAUCAAUGUUCAUCAAGACAUGGAUUUCCAGGAAACAUCUGAGGAAGAGGAAGAAUUUGAAGACGACAGUGAAAACAAAGAACCAGAAUCUGUCACCAAAUGCAUUGAAAGUGAAAACUGGACUCCUGCAUGCCAGUCACUAAAUCCUAUAGAAAACACAGACACCACAUUGCAGCUACUGAGGUUUACUGAUUUAAUCAACAAUGAUAUCCAGAAGUACUUUGGCAGAAAAAACAAGGAUGAUGACCCUGAUGCUUGCAAUAUUUAUGAAGACAGGUUUUCUUCUGGUAAAUCAGGGAGAGAACUGUACUAUGCAGAUCUAAUAAGAAUUGCACAGGACGGAGAUCAAGAGGAGGAGGAAGCUCAUGUACCUUUAACAUGUCCCAGAGAAAUAGAUAUACAGGCAUUGAAGUUAAUCUGUGACAGAGAAAGCAUUAAAAAGUUAGGACCCUUGGCAGAACUUUUUGAAUAUGGUUUGCACAAGCACAUGAAAGAAACAAUCUUGAACAGAAGAGACAGCAAGAGACAAAGACUAGAUAGAAAAUAUGCCAAUAUAAUCCCAAUGCACAGUCGAAGGCUUCCUUUAUCUUUUUGGAGAGAGCCCAUUUCUGCUAUGCCUGGCUGUGUCCUUCACACCUGUACACCUGACUUCAGUGAUCUUUUAGCCAAUUGGACUUCAGAAUCAAAUGGACAAGAACUCCAACAAGUUACCAGAGAAAUUUCAACUGAAGUAAAUAGAUAUUCAAUGGAAUCAGAAUCUUAUCAGGUUGUAUAA